AAGGAGCCGCAAGGAGCCGCAGGGUGUGUGUUAAGUGUGGUUAAAGAGGGAAGCGGGGUGGCUCGCGCGCCGACACCGCUCGCUUCGCCCGCUAUCCGAGGCCUGAACGUCCCUCUCGUUUUUUUGGACGCGGUCGCAACCCGUCAGGAAUAACGAUGGAUAAAAGUGAGCUUGUACAGAAGGCCAAGUUGGCUGAGCAGGCAGAACGCUAUGAUGAUAUGGCUGCUGCCAUGAAGGCUGUCACUGAGCAGGGUCAUGAGCUAUCCAAUGAAGAAAGGAACCUACUAUCUGUUGCCUACAAAAAUGUGGUUGGUGCUCGUCGUUCUUCUUGGCGUGUCAUUUCCAGCAUUGAACAGAAGACAGAACGGAAUGAGAAAAAACAGCAGAUGGGAAGAGAAUAUCGUGAGAAGAUUGAGGCUGAGUUGCAGGACAUAUGCAAUGAUGUUCUGGAACUCUUAGAUAAGUACCUUAUUGUUAAUGCCACACAACCAGAAAGUAAAGUCUUCUAUUUGAAAAUGAAAGGCGAUUACUACAGAUACCUUUCAGAAGUGGCAUCUGGUGACAACAAGCAAACAACAGUAGGAAAUUCUCAACAGGCAUAUCAAGAAGCGUUUGAAAUCAGCAAGAAGGAGAUGCAGCCAACACAUCCUAUUCGGCUUGGUCUGGCACUUAAUUUCUCUGUGUUCUACUAUGAAAUAUUAAACUCACCUGAGAAAGCCUGUAGUCUGGCAAAGACAGCAUUUGAUGAAGCAAUAGCUGAACUGGACACACUGAAUGAAGAAUCUUACAAAGAUAGCACCCUGAUUAUGCAGCUACUUAGAGAUAAUCUUACUCUAUGGACAUCAGAAAACCAGGGAGAUGAAGGGGAAGCUGGAGAAGGUGAAAACUAAGUCUGUCGUGCUUCACUAUGUGUUCAAUGUCACUGUAUCCUACACAUUAUAUUCCUUUGUGCGGCAAGCAAAAAGAAUAGUACAUCGACUUCACAACCUCAACGUAGCAAACUGUCUGUGGGGUAAAAAAAAAUUGGUUGGUGUUCUGUGUAUGUCAAAUGGAAAUCAGUUGAACAAUGGCAUUCUGAACCUUUCCUAUUAUGAACACUUGCAGUUAUGAUUACCGUGUUUAUAUUUUUUUAACUGAACACUGUGAUUAUGGGUUUUGCGAUUGCAGUUGACUUUACAAAACUCAGAUGAUGAAAGAAUAGAUACAAAUCAUGUAAUUCCUUGGAAGGAUAAUAAUCUGGUAUCAAAGUUGCUGACAUACAAUUCUGCUGUAAAGUUGUAUAGAAAAUUAUAGAGAUUAUAUUGUGAUACUGCAACAUGGAAGGGGAACAAUCUACUGUGUGGUAUUCCAGUUCAGAAGCUCACUUCUGUGAAUUGAAUAGGCAUGUUCAUUCUGACAUUUCUUGUGUUUUUUUUUUGUUUGUUUGUUUGUUUUGUUUUGAAAUAAUGAUGCUGGACACACUGCUUUUUAGCCAAAUGCUCAUGUGAUUUUAAUUUUUUUCUUAAAUUUCGUUUAAAGCCAAGGGGAAAUAAAAAUCUUAACUAGCAAAUACUUAACGGUGGCAGAAAAAUGUGGCCUUGCCUUUGGCCAAAUAGUCCACUGCUCUUGCCACUGGCAAACAUAAUUUUGGUCAGUAAUGUAUUAUACAUUUAUUUUGUAGGCUAGUGGAUUAACGAAAUUUGGAUUCUACUUUUAUGGCUUUAUUAGCUGUAGAAUAGUUGCAUGAAAUAAUAUUUUUACCAGUUUUAAAAAGUUAAACAUUAAUUCCUUCCAGGAAAGAAACCUGUAUCUUUAAAUAUUUGAGUUCUUGGUACAAAUUGUGUCUCUCCUGAUGUAAUUUAAAUUAGAAAAUCACUGUAAUUGAGCUUAAUUUCUGGUAAUGGUAGAAAGUAAAAUAUACUGGAGGACAGGUCUCACUUAGAUGCAGAUGGCCUAUUGCUGCUAUAGUUUUUGCCACUCCUGGUUCAAAACAAAUAUCAGGCUCAUAUAUAACAUUUUCCUUAACUUUCUUAGAAAUAUAGAUCAUAAUGUUGAAUUAUAUACAAAUUUGUCCAGGCAAAGAUUGGAAUUCAGUAGUAGUUGCAUGGAUAAUGCAGUGAAAGAUGAGACUAUUUCUCUUAUUGGUCUUUUCAAUAUCGUUUCUCUGCUUGUGACAUUCCACUUGGCUUAUAGAGUCCAUCUGUCUGUUCAACUGUUUGCUGAAAAGAAAAUUCAUGCACUGACUUCAAAAUUCCCCUCUACUAGCUGAACAAAUUGUGCAGUUUUACUUGGCGCUUGAUAAAUGCAGUAGUGAAUGUGGAACCGAGCCUGUCUGUAUAUCUGGUAGCUCUUUUUGCAUUGUUUCUACUGACCAGUAUUUUGCCUAAAGUUUGCUUCUGUGAUGGUUGUAUUAACUAGCACACAUGUGGUUGUGAGAAUAGUAUAGCAAAAAGAAAUACCUGGUUAUCGAUGUACUAGAUUUGUGUAUGUCUUUCAAACAGUUCUAGUUUCACCCUACACAAUCAGGAAAGUGUAAAACGAUUUAAAAAUAAAAAAAUUUAUCAGUUUGCAGUUUCUCUUUUUUUUAUGUUAUCACAAUCACUUGAUAAAAUUAUGGCUACAUUCAAUAUGAUGGAAUGGCUAUGUUAUUUUGGGACCCUAACAAUACUGAUUGUAUUAGAUUAUAUGCAAUUGAUGUAAUUAAUGUAUCGGUGAUGUCUAUGAACUGAUUUUUCUAUUGGUCUAAAAUGAUUUAAACUUAUUACUAUUUCUUUGUGAGCAAAAUAAUGAAAUUUGGUUUUCUAUAUGGAAUAAAAUUGUACUUUAUAACAUGAUAGCAUAUACUAUACUGUCCAAUUUUCCUGGAAACAUCAUCAGUACUUCAUAAAUGGUAUAAAACUAAGGUACAUUAUAGUCUACAUUUUUAAAAAGGAGUUAAAAAGCAAAUUGCAUCAUAACAAGAAAAGUUAGUCUUGUAAAACUUCGUUUCAGAACAAAUUGCCCUUUGGUAUAAAUAUUGGAUCUAAUAAAAUGGAAUAUUUACAUUGA